CGCUGCCAAACGACUGCGACGGUGGCGUGUCUACUCUCCCUGAAACAAUUGCCACAAGCCGGUCCUGUGACUGGAUCUUUGAGAAUCGACGCACGUGGACAGCUUGGAUUGAUGAAAAGCCUGCGUGCGACUCGAGUUUUUAUCAUUACUCGGUUUCAGAGUGUGCUUCCGAUUCUCUCCGCACGGUUGAGUACUUUUGGAAGCUCCCAAACGCCUCCCACCCUCAAUAUUCUGCAGAAUGCUCGGGUGGAGACAGUCUACCUGAAAGCCUCACAGUUGAUUGCGAGUACAUGCCGACGUCCUCACCGUCGUUUGCUGCUAUGACAGUGUUCGCUGCCAUCGUCACAGCGCUACUCGUUGCUGCCAUCUUACUCGUGGUCAAGAACCGCAACGCUCCUAUCAUCCGACGCUCGCAAUACGAAAUGCUACUGCUCAUGAUCUUUGGUGGGUUCUUCAUCACCGGAGCAGCUGUAGCUUAUGCUGGAAAACCUACCAGAACACUUUGCGGACUUCGCCCUGUCCUGGUUUGUAUGGGUUUUACUACGAUAUUCGGCGCUCUUGUCAUCAAAUCUCUACGCGUCUACCGCGUUUUCAUGAGAGCUGCCAUGAAGCGAGUCAAGGUGACACUGUUGAAGAUUCUCAAGAUCCUCUCCAUUUUUUAUAUAGGAGAUAUCGUCAUAUUUGUGGCCUGGUUCGCUGCUGAUUUCCCGGAACCGACCAUCACAACGAAAGAUGCGACGGAAUUUCGAGGUACCGUCGACAGAAUCUCCUGCAGCUCGUCAAGCUUCAUCUUCACGGCGCUGCUAAUCUUCUGGAAGGCUAUUCUGCUCAUGUUGGGACUGUACUUGUCCUUCCUCAUCCGCAACGUGUCGGUGGAUUUUCAGGAGUCUCCGUGGAUUUUCGGUUCGGUGGUGGUUGUCCUUGUCGGUUGCCUCGUCCUCAUGCCGAUGUCGUAUAUGGUCGACAUGCGCGCGUCAACUUACUACGUGUUUCUCGCGUGCUGUCUGCUCAUCUGCACGGUUUUGAUCAUGUGUCUGAUGCUCGCGCCGAAGCUUUUCCGUCUGAAAGAAGCUGCGUCUUCAGCUUCGAGUGGGGCUACUGCUGCCCACAGCAGAAACAGUAUGGUCGGACCGAAACCUCUAUCUACGGACGGGACUGAAACAGAAAACGAUGCCUCCCGCGACGUACCUCGCAAGUUAUCACAAUACCAAGUGAGACCACUUGAUAACAACAGCAAUAGGAACAACAAUUAGGCCUCUUCAGGAUAAUGCAACUCUUAAUGUGUUACAUUCAGAUUUUCAAC